AUUUAAAAUAAAAAAGAAAAAUAUAGUAUGUCUCAAUUUCCAUCAGUUUUUGAAAAUCCCUUAGUUGAAGGAAAUCUAAAUAAUUUACAACUUCCUCAAUCAAAUUAUACUCAAAUGGAACAACGGAAACUAAUUGGAUUCAAUAAUCAGCAGAAAACGGACAAACAACAGCAUCUACAACAACAAGAACAGCAACAGCAACAGCAGCAACAACCAAUGAUUGAUUCAUAUUUAUCGGCUAAUCCGUAUUUGUCACCGUUGUAUCAUAAUAAUUACUGCUUAGCUGGAUCGGAAAAGCAAGCACCACAAACGCAUCUUAUGUCGAUGGGACAACGAUACAGUUCCUUACCACCAAUCACGUUAGACCAAAUCAGAUCAUGCACAACUACUUCAUCACCUAUCUUUAUUUUACCAAAUGGAAUAUCAAAUAGCAAUCAACUUCCUGCUUAUCCAAUGCCAUUUCUUUCACCUACAUGCAUUCCCUAUUCAAUGCCUUUACCUAUUUAUCAACCCUCUGAAUGUGAAUGCAAGUGUGCAUUUAACAAAACAAGAAAUUGUUUAAAUGGAACUUUUGAAAAACAUGAAAAUGAUGGAGCAAUUUCCAAAAUUGAAAAUAAUCGUGAAUUUAGUACAAAAUAUUGCUAUAAACAAAAUAUCGAAGAUGUAUGUUCAAAUCAAAACUGCUUGGCAUCAAUUCAAUUGCAAGCAAUAAUUUCACAGUUACUUGGGAUUCACGGAAUAAUUUCUUCCACCAUAAUACGUCUAUUACUAAAAAAAAUCCCAAGCACUAAUAUAAGUGAUUCCGCAGAAGAGAUAAUGCAGUGUGCAGCAAGAAUAAUAAGACAGCUACCAAAGGAUCAGUUGCUCAAAGAGUCAAAAAGUUGUCAGGAAGUGAAUGGAUUACUUCGACUUUAUUUAACAUCUUCAACGAUAAUUGCAAGAAUAAUACCGAUUCUAACGAGUGUUCAAUUGAAAAGCAAUAUUCUUAAGGCUCUUAUCGAUAAUCUAAUUAAUGCACGAAUUAUGGAUGAUCAAGGUUUUGGAGCCGAAAAUCCGGAACCAUUGGAUGUACUAUAUUUAGAACUUAAAAGUGAUGAUGAAUUAAGACAACUGUUAUCCAUUUUGAGAGAGAAGGAAUGUCAGGAACGAGUAAAUCUUAGUUUUGCAGUCUACAAAUCGCAAAGUCUAAUAAUGGAGUCGAGGUUAACGAAUAUCCAAAGAAAGAUUGCACAACUUGAACAGGAAAUGGAUAGAAGACAUAGUAACAUUACUGUUCAAGAAUCUUAUAAAAAAUUAGCAGAUUUAAAUUUGUAUGCGAUUAGCUGUGAUUAUUUUGGUUAUAACAAGUCACAGAACGAAUAUAAAAAAUUUAAAUCUCCGGAUCCUUUCUUGAGUGUCCAUAUUUCGAAUCCAAAAAAGUUACUUUUAAAACCACAUGUCGGCAGUCCAGAAACUACUUACACAAAACCAAAUGAUAAUAAAAAAUCAAACGUUUCUAAAUCUAGUAUAGAGAAUGUUGACAAUUGUUCUUCUUUCUACGUAGAAACAUAUAACGAAGAAACAAUGCGUUAUAUACAAUUAGUGAAGGAUGAAAACCAUGGGGAUAAAAGUAUAAGCAAUAAUUUUUCUACAGAAAGGCAAAUAGAUAAUAUAAAUGCUACAGAUACAACGAACACUGUUGACAAAAAAAAUUAGAAAAAUAAAAUGUCUAGAAUUUC